UAAAUAUUGCUCAAUAUUACAACUAAAAAAUUAUAACGAUGCGUUUAAAAUCUAUUCGUGCAGGUCUUAAAAAUGUAGCAGAAAGUAUGUUAAGUAAAAUUCCACAUGAUACCAUUAUGUUAUCACCACAAAUAUUAAGAUCCAAGACUGAAACUAUGUUUAAGAUCAUAAAAUAUGACAUUCCUCUUCCCACAAAGUUAGAAAGUAUUGAAUGUAAAAAAAUUAAGGGCGAAGUGCAUCUUAAUAACCAUAAAUGGAGUGACCUGAUGUUUGAUAUUGAAUCUGGACGUAUAAGUAAAUUUUGGAAGAAAUUGGGAGUUAAAAAUGGAGUUAGCUCUGAAUCUGAAAAACUGUUGCGUAAGAAAUUGGUAAAUAAUCCGGCUAAAAGAAUAGCUGAUAUUGAUGAAACCAUUGAGGAAUUGAGGCCUAAAAUGAAGGAUUUUGACGUUAAAAUUAACGAGAUUAAAAAUCUUAGCGAUAAAAAACAAAGAAAGUUGUUUAAGUACGCCAAAGCAACCGCAAUCAUAGCUACUACUACUACUCUUCUUGGUGUAGGUAUCAACCAUAUUAUUACCGAAAUGGAAAAAGCUAAAGGUUGUUUUCUUUAUGUUCAUAAUGAACGAUGUAAAUUAACUCUACGGUCAUGUAUUAAUAAUCAACCACCUCAUAAUACACCAAGUUGUAACGUGGCAGCUAUUGAAAAUGAAAAAUUAAAUUUGAAUUUAAUGAUACGUCAAGCUAUGACGAAGGCCUCAUUAGUAUCCACACUAAUUGAACAAUUAUUAUCGGGUCUAAGCGAUAAUAAAGAGAAAGAAUAUAUUACCGGUUUGCGACCAAAAUUAUUAAAUAAAACAAUAACAAAUAAGGAAAUCGAAGAACUUAUUGAGAGAAAUAAUAAUGAAGAUAACUUGAAUACAUUUUAUGAAACUAAUAUAGAACUAUUAAAGAUUACAAAUCCUUGUGAACUUGUUAAAGAUGAUGAGGAAAAAUAUCCGUGUGUUGCGUGUGAUUCGUCCGCGCCCCAUAAUUCCGUAAAAUAUAUCGAUGCAACUUAUUUUACGGAUAACGAAAGAUCACGCUGUGAAGAAGAUCCGACAGUCUGGGAAGCAAUUGCAAAGAUGUUUGGUGACACUAUUCAUGAUGUUGCCGGUCAAUUAUUAGGCGGUAGUAGCUUUUUAUAUAAUGUCCUUAUGUAUAUCGUUUAUGCAAUUGUCGGGUUUAUAAUUUUAUGUGGCAUUGGUUAUGCUGCUCAAGCUUUCCGUAAAAACAAAACCAGCAAUGAUGAUGAUGUUAGUUACUCAAAACUUGAUAAUGAAGAUUAAUUAUUAAAUGGUUGAUUAACACGGAAGAGAAAGUAUUGCUCAUACGUCAAAAAGCGAUUUCAUAAACUAAAUGAAUUUUUCGAUUUAAAAAAAAAAAUCUGAUAAUCGAUUGAUCCUACAGGCUAGCCCCGAAACUUCCUGCUGAUUUAAAGCUCGAAGAGAGCCUAAAAAUAUUAUUGUCAAUAAUACAUGUUCGAGCUCUUGAAGCUCGACAAUAUCUUUAAUGCUUAGGUAUUUUCGAUCUCUUCAAGCUCGAAAAAAGCUACGUUUUGUAUUAAUUUCCGAGAAUUCGAGAAACAAAAUAAUCAUUAAGGAUUGGUUAUUAAUUUUAUGCUCACGAUGAUGCUAAAUAAAUUCAAUUUUUUUGGAUAGAAAUUGAUAGAAAUGAUCAAAAUACAUCGAUGGAGAUUUACAUGCACUUUAAAUCAAACCAGCAAGUUCAUAUAGAAAACAUACGGAUAAAAAGCCAUUCGACAACCGAAAUAGAAGGUAGAAUUAUCGAAAAGUUUCAGCACCUCCCUGACUGUUCGGUAGCUAUCACUUAGUAUAAAACAAAGGCAGUCUUUGUUCAUUUUUACUAAGGUUGAAGCCAAUUUUUGAAGGUCAGUUUUGCAAUCCGAAAUUUUUAAUCUGCGAUUUGAAUAUUGUUAGUAUACUGUA